AUGAUUCUCCCGUUACAGCGUCUCGGCCUGCUCGCUGCCCUACUCGGUUUCUAUCUCACUUCCUUCUAUGCCGUCGAUGCCGUCGAUAUACCCUCUGACGCCUCUCUUUCUUCUUUGAUCGCAUCGGGCAAAGCAGCACGUGCUCGAGGAGCCAACAGUGAGGCUCUGGCAUACUUUGAUGCCGCCGUCUCCAAGGACUCGUCCGACUACCUCACGCUCUUCCAACGAGGAAUCACCUAUUUGUCUCUCGGAAGGAAUGCACAGGCCGGUGCAGACUUCGAUAAUGUGUUAAAAUUGAAACCCGGGUUCGAGGGAGCGCUGUUGCAGAGGGCGAAGAUCAGGGCGAAGAACGCAGACUGGGCUGCAGCGAGGGAAGACUAUGCUGCGCUAGGGACUCGAGCGGCGGCAGAUCUGGCUCAACUUGAAGAGGCUGAGGGCGCAUACUAUCUCGCAGUUGAGGCGGAGAAGAAGCAAGACUGGGAAGCAUGUAUCAACCAAGCAGGCAUUGCUAUCAUGACAGCAGGUACAGCAUUGUCAUUGCGACAACUUCGCGCUCGCUGUCGAUUCGAGCGUGGUGAGGUUCAAGAGGGUAUUAGCGACCUCCAGCACGCCCUCCAAAUCCAUCCGAGUCUAGUGGAGCCACACCUACAAAUUUCGGCCAUGUUGUUCUACAGCCUAGGGGAUACAAAGUUGGGCAUUGACCAAGUCAAGAAAUGCUUGCACUCGGAUCCAGACUCGAAGCCCUGCAAGUCUCUCCUCAGGGAAGAGAAGAGUGUCAUGAAGCAAAUCGAGCAAGUUCAGGCUCUUUUCGACAAACGGCAAUUCAACUCAGCAAGCAAGGUGCUAGUCGGCAAGGGCACCGAGGAUGAGCCAGGGCUUCUCUCGCAACUCCAGUCUAAUGUCGAGUCUCACCGUACAAAAGGCAUCAUACAUGCCAAAGCGCCCUCGGAUCUUUACGUGGACAUGUUGGAGAAGACGUGUGAAGCGUUUAUGAUGAUGAACAACCUGAACAAGGCCGGCAAGUUCUGUUCCGAAGUGCACGCCUUGAAACCCAGCUCUCUGCAUGGGCUGCUGUACCAGGCACAGCGACACAUGGACGCUGAAAAUUUCGAUGCCGCCAUUUCGACCCUUAAUACGGCUCGAGAUAAUCACCCCGAUGCUCAAGGGACGAUCAAUUCCAAAUUGCACGAAGCGCAAGUCGCCUUGAAGCGCAGCAAAACCAAGGACUAUUACAAGGUCCUGGGCAUCUCUCGUGGUGCUGACGAAGCUACCAUCAAGAAGGCUUAUCGCACAGCAACUAAAAUGUACCACCCAGACAAGGCCGCCGCAAGAGGCAUAACCAAAGAGGAAGCGGAGAAGAAAAUGACAGCCAUCAAUGAGGCCUAUGAAGUCCUCAGCGACCCCGAAUUGAAGGCCAAAUUCGACAACGGAGAGGACCCCAAUGAUCCCAUGGCCAACCAGGGUGGUCACCCCUUCCAGGGGAGCCCUUUUGGUGGCGCAGGAGGCCAGCAGUUUUUCUUCCAACAAGGAUUCCCUGGUGGCGGCGGCGGACAGAGACAGUUCAAGUUCUCAACGGGGGGAGGAGGUUUCCCUGGAGGCAAUCCCUUUGCAGGCUUUCCGGGUUUUGGAUAG